AUGCUGAGCGACGAAGAUGCCAUCUCUCAGGCUGAGCAAGAGAGUUUGGCAGAGAGCGUCGAGGAAGAGACAGAGACCGAAGAUGAGCAGGAAGAGCCUUCCGAAACGCUUGGUUCGGGAGAUGAAGCCAAGCCCAUCGUUCCACCGAAGGAUGAUGAAGACAAGGAUGACGCUGGUGGCACCACAUCCACAGAGCCUUCGGCGGUGGCUUCACCUCUGGCGGAUGUCCCCGCCUCCUCGUCAGAGACCGUCAUGCCCAAGAAGAAGUCCAAGGCAAAGAACAUUCCCACCGUCCCCGUCAGCUUCAAGCAGGAGAUGGAGAAGCUCUCGGAUAAGAUGCUGGCGCUGAGGAUUGAGGAGAUGGAGCAUCAGGAAGCUCUUCUUCACGAACCAUCCAAGCUGGCUCGCAAGAUGUCAAAGAAAAGGGCUGACGACGCGAAGAACGCCGACAAGCCAUCCAAGAGCGCCAUGGUGAAAGCCAAGUCUUUGGCUUUGAAAGCCGAGAAGGAGGCGGACAUCACCGUGACCUUCUCUUUCAACGGUAAGCGCUUCUCCAUCACCACACAGUCAGGCAGAGGCAUUGGUCACAUGCGGACGCUCUUCAUGGAGAAGGCGAAGAUUGCCAAGAAGUUCAAGAACGACCUGAAGUUUGACCUUGGCGGUGAGGACAUCUUCGCUGACCGUGACCCAAGGACCACGAUGCGCUCUGUCAAGGUCGGCGACGGCUCUUUGAUGACAGUCACAACGAGGGGCUUGGGCGGUGGUGUCAUCAAGCCCUUCUUGAAGCAAUCGGAUGCCAUUGACAUGCUCCAGAAAAGGGCUUCGUCAGUGAUUGACAAGAAGAUGGCUAAGGACGAGGAACAGUUGAUGAACCUGUCUCCGGAAGAGCAACUCCCCACCAACAUCAAGGAGUAUCUGACAGAGAAGCGCAACUCGCUCAACGGUGUGAAGCUGAUGAAGGAGCAGACAGGCCUGAACAUCAUCAAGACGUGCCUCGCCAACGUUGACACCGAGAACCUGCGCCUCAUCCGCAAAGCCAUCGGCGACCGCAACGAGGGGCACAAGGGCUCAACCGAGGAGCGGGUGCUUCGUGCCUCCUUCCUGCUCUUCCCUGCCAUCCGUGAGGUCAAGUCCGUCAUCCUCCACUUGAAUAUGUUCGAGCGGGAGGUCUGCCGUGAGUUGCUUCGCAUCUACAUCUCUGAGUAUUCCAAGGUGGAGAACGGUCAAGCCAAAAUCAACAACGUCGGCUUCGUUGAGCACAUUGACGCAGAGUUGGUGCGCCGUGAGCACUUGAACAACCCCGCCCCCGCCGAUGUCAUCCAGCAGGUUCAGCAGUCCAACUGUCUCAUCGUCUGA